AUGCUAAUUCUGGAAACUGCACCGGGACAGUUUGUCUUCAUUUUGUUUCAACUUUCCGCUUUCUUUUUUGCUCUUUUCCUUUUUGUAUGUUGCUGUCAUUCUGGCAGACUGCAAGAAGAGAUUCACCAGAAGGAAGAAGCUGAGAACAACCUGUCUGCUUUCAGAUCUGAUGUGGACAGUGCCACUCUCGCUAGGCUGGACCUGGAGAGACGUAUUGAGAGUCUGCAAGAAGAGAUUGCCUUCCUCAAGAAGAUUCAUGAAGAGGAAAUCCGUGAGCUGCAGAGCCAGAUUCAGGACACUCAGGUGCAGAUCCAGAUGGAUAUGUCUAAGCCCGACCUCACUGCUGCUCUGAGGGACAUCCGCAUGCAGUACGAAGCCAUUGCUGCCAAAAACAUUGCAGAGGCUGAAGAAUGGUACAAGUCUAAGGUGUCUGAUCUGAACCAGGCCGUGAACAAGAACAAUGAUGCACUGCGUCAGGCCAAGCAGGAAACCAUGGAAUUCAGACACCAGAUCCAGUCCUACACUUGCGAGAUUGACUCACUGAAGGGCACUAAUGAGUCUCUGCUGCGCCAGAUGAGAGACAUGGAGGAUCGCAUGGCCCGCGAGGCUACUGGUUACCAAGAUACCAUUGCACGGCUCGAGGAAGAUAUUGCUAAGAUGAAAGAUGAUAUGGCCCGCCACCUGAGGGAGUACCAGGACCUCCUCAAUGUGAAGAUGGCCCUUGAUAUUGAAAUUGCCACCUACCGCAAGCUGCUGGAAGGAGAGGAGAGCAGAAUCACUACCACCAUACCUGUCCAGUCUGCUUAUUCUUCCAUUGGAUUCAGAGAGACCAGUCCUGAGUCCCAGCAUCAGCGCUCAUCAGAGGUUCACUCCAAGAAGACUGUUGUCAUCAAGACCAUUGAGACCCGCGAUGGAGAGGUUGUCAGUGAGUCGACACAGCACCAGCAAGACAUCAUGUAAACAAGAAGAAACAACGUCACCAAUAAUGAAAUCUUUUCCUAUUAGAAUUACAAUGAUUAAUAAGCUGUGCCUACUUUUAGAUACAAAAUGCUGACCAUUUUAUGUAACCAGUCAUGGAAGUGAAAUUUAACCACUGUACAUCCAUACAUAAAUUACUUUAAGCGUCACAGGAAAGACGCAGUGUAGAGGCACAAUGCCUUCAGCCUUGUUUUAAAUGAAGGGCAUUCCAGGAUGUUUUUCUUUAUUUGUGUUACUUUUCGCUGCAAACAAAAGUAUCUUGCAUCUAUCUUGUCUGCAAAAAUAUUUUAGUGGUAAGAGUAAUGUUUCAAAUGAAUACAGCUCGUACUGCCGAAUUAUCCCAUCAUCCGCUGUAAGAAUCAAUGGCAGAUAAAUUUCACUGUGUGUAUUUCAGGAUUUUUACAUGUGUAUGCACAUCGAUUGAUUAAGAUAGGCUAUCUCUGUAACGGAUUCAAGGAAAGUGAGAUGUUGGUUUGAAAAGGGAGCUCAGUUGUGUUUUGACCUUUGAGCUCUCCAGCAUGUGCUACGUGUCUGAUGGUAUGUGUAUGAGUAACCAUGGUAUCCUCCUUCGCUCUGACAAAAACUCAAAUAAAAGAUUUCACUUGCUGGGCAGAAAGUUUA